CGUUUUUCUAUUUCAAGAGGAAGCGUUAACAAAGUGAUGUUGGUGGGGGCGAGCAGAACAGUUGUUUUAAGUAGAAUAUAAGGUGCCAUUCUCUCGGCACGAGUGGAAACAGCUGUAAUUGCAGAUUUUCAAAGGAUUUGAUAGACUCAAUCAUUCGGGACUCAUGGAGAUGGCCGCCCAUUUUGCCUCCGCUACUGUGCUAAGCAUGGUAUUCGCGCUCAUUCUUGCUGCACCCCGAGAUGGAACCACUUGCAGACACCUCCCAGGAGACAGUGGAUGGCCCAAUAGUACCGCUUGGUCUCAACUCAACCAGACCGUUGGAGGUCGGCUAAUUGCCACUCUUCCACUAGGAAGCACGUGCCAUACGAAGCCAUUCUUGGACUACAAUGAAUCGAAGUGUGAAGCACUCCAAUCCGCAUGGACUCUAACAGAAACUUAGUACGUGAGCCUGGCUCACCUUCUUCCGCAUCCUGCAGAGAUGAUGAGCCCAUAUUUUCAAAAUCAGUCGUGUGAUCCAUUCACCCCUUUAUCUCAAGCUUGCG